AUGCUGCAACGCCGCUUGCUACUCCAACGACCAUGCUUGCGGUCACUGCCCGUUCCACGGUUGCACCAACGGAGCCGUCUUCGCCAGGUCCGCCAUGCAACGGCAGAGGCUGGCGAGAAUGAAUCCGGGCAUAUUGCCACAACCCCAAACGAAGGGAUCCUCUUCUUCAACAACCUUCUCCCCCUCAGCAUACCCUUUAUGAGACUUCUACCCUUCGUACUACGCUCGAACAAGUCGUCAAUCCUCCAGGACGCCGACAAGUGGAUGCGUGUCGGCGCACUUGUCGUUGAGAUCCUGCCACGGUUACGGGAAGCUGGCGCUUUUCUCAAGUUCCAACACCAAGAACAGGAUGAUCCCGCGACUGUUGCGGAAGCCGUGCGGCAGUAUCUCCGAGCGCAUCCUACCAGGCCUUGGUGGAACCCCUUCGACCCCGUAAGGGCAGGGCUCGUGGUGGGAAAGCCAUGGGUCGAAGACCUUUUCCGCCUUCCGUCGAAACGGCUGAAAGUGGAGUUCCUGCCUACGGCCCCCGGCGCAGAAGUCGCAGAGCUCAACCAAGAGCAGCUGUACGCCUUCUUCCGGCCUUAUGGCAAGCUUGCGGAUAUUGUGGUGCAGCCAUCCGAUUCGAAGAUCAUGCCACGGUUUGCCUAUCUGGACUAUUCACAAGUUGGUAAAGCGAUCAUGGCUAAGAACUGUCUUCAUGGUUUUACUGUUCCUGAGCCCCAGGGAGGCGGCAAGCUUGGCACCAUCUUUCGCAUAACGUACGAGAAGCGGCGGCAAGGAGGCUGGAUAUGGGACUGGAUUACGAAUCACCCUAGGAUUGUCUUUCCGAUCGUCGUCGCUCUGGUUGCUGGUAUCUCGGUCACCAUCUUCGACCCUAUUAGGACGCUCAGUAUCAAGGCGCAUAUCACGCAUUCAUUCCAUAUUGAGGACAAUGUCAUCUUCCGCUGGUUCAAGACGCAAAGCGAGGAUCUCCUUAAGAAGGUUAGAGAGCUGCGCCAUGGUGUUGAUGAGAGCGAAGCAGGCAUGCAGGUGGUGUGGGACGACCGCAAGGCCGACAUCGAGCAGAUCCAGUCGUGGCUCAUGGAGACGGCUGAUACAUUCAUCGUAGUCCAGGGCCCGCGCGGAAGCGGUAAAAGAGAACUCGUCAUCGACCACGCACUGCAGCGCAAGCAGGCGGCCCAUCGCGUGCUCGUAGUCGACUGUAAACCGGUCCAGGAAGCCCGCGGCGACGGCCCCACUAUCGCGGCCGCAGCGUCGCAGGUUGGAUAUUGGCCCGUGUUCUCGUGGAUGAACAGCUUGAAUGGGAUGCUAGAUCUGGCUGCGCAAGGCCUGACGGGUGUCAAGGCCGGCUUCUCGGAGACACUUGACACGCAAUUGUCGAAGAUCUGGAACAGUACCGCCGUGGCGCUGAAAAGCAUCGCGCUCGAAGGACGCAAGAAGGACGACAAAGACGCCAAUCUAAGCGACGACGAGUAUCUCGAAGCCCACCCUGAACGGCGUCCUGUUGUAGUCAUCGACAACUUCCUCCACAAAUCCUCCGACGCAGGCGCCGGGCUUGUGUACGACAAACUCGCCGAAUGGGCCGCCCGCCUGACCACCACCAAUGUCGCCCACGUCAUCUUCCUCACCAACGACCUUUCCUACAGCAAGUCCCUUGGCCGCGCCCUACCGGACCGCGUUUUCCGUCAGAUCACACUCCGUGACUGCUCGCUCGAAACGGCAAAACGCUACGUAAUCCACCAUCUCGAUUUCGACAAAGCCGAAGACCGACCCACGCAAGACGAAUCUGACGAAGCGCGCAAACUCACCCCGAGCCAGAAACGCAAGGACCUGGCCGAGCUCGACCACGUCAUCCCACUUCUAGGCGGUCGAUUAACGGACCUUGAGUUCCUCGCCCGUCGCAUCAAAGCCGGUGAGACACCUACAAAAGCCGUCCACGAAAUCAUCGAGCAAUCCGCCAGCGAGAUUCUGAAAAUGUACCUUCUCUCCGGCGGCGGCAGCGGCAGCAGCGGGGAAACGCGGGAAUGGAGUAUCCCGCAAGCCUGGACGUUGAUCCGCAGUCUCGCCGCGAGCGAAACACUACGCUACAACGAGAUGUUACUCCUGGAUGCGUACAAAUCCGCCGGCGAUCGAGCGUUGGCGGCGCUGGAGCAAGCGGAGCUCAUCACCGUGCAGUCGCUUAAUGGGCGACCGUGCAGUAUUGGGCCCGGUAAACCGGUGUAUCGGCCCGCGUUUCAACGGUUGGUGGAUGAUAAGGUGCUGGCGGCGAAGAUGGACCUGGCGGUCUUGGGGGAGAGUAUUGGCAACGAGAAUAAGUCGAUUGACGGGUAUGAGCGGGAGUUGCAUUUAUUGGGCGAGCUGCCGAAGCAGCCGGGCGAGCUGAGGGGGAGGGUGCAGUGGUUGUUGGGGAAGAUCGAGGCGUGUCAGGGGAAGAUCGAGGGGUAUGAGAAGGAGAGCGCUGGGUUGAAGAAGAUUCUGGUUAGCGAGUAUUGA